AAUAUUGUAGGAUAAAAUAUUAAAAUAUCUGAAUUUAAGAUAAAAAAACUAAUGAUAAAAUAAUGCAUUUUUAUAAAAACUCGUUUUACUAAUCAUAGUGUCUACAAUUGUCGUCUUUAUUAAUAUUUAUUUAAGCUGAAAAAUUUUAUCAUCGUCUCACGUACAUGUGCCUGAUAAGUCGUCAAUAACACCACACAAAAUAACAGUAUAAACACCGACUUUAAACAGUAAAAUAAAUAAUAAGUAAUAACGGUCGUACAGUGUUCGCCUAAACGAUUUAAAUUAUUUAGUAAGGAAAAGGAACCGUGAUCCGUCGCCAAUGAUGUGUGGCUGUUGUCUGUGAUUCAUCUGGACCUUGAACUCCCAUAAUGGACAAGUACKUGAAGUGCAYCAAGAGAAAAGAAGACGAAACGGACGCAGACAAAUUCUACGUACCCCUAGGCCAGUGGAUGGCUGCGGACGCUGCUGCGGACUGUGCAUUAGGCAUUCAACAACCCGCGGCUCCUCAAAAGUCCGAAAGACCGGCCACGCCGCCUUCGCCGAUUUCGUGCUUGUCGCCAGUAUCUGAAGACUUAUCCUCGUCGAAAAAAAAAAUUGGACAGAUAAAACGCACUUCUAGACGUUUGCUGUUUGAUGAUGAAGAAAAAGUUAGCCUAAACAAGCCUGUUAAUCAACAAAAUAUGAUCAUCUCUCAACCAAAUGAUGUCUUGGAAGAAAAGACUACUUCAGAAGAUAAUUCUUAUCAGAUUAUCAUUGACUCUCUGUCRUCUCGUGGUUUUGUCGUGAACAGUCAUAGUUCCUGUGAUGACUACUGUGAAUCACUUGGACAGUAUGGAUUUCGAAUGUCGGCAGGCACAGAUCUGCAGGCAAAGGAUAUGAUAAGAGAAGUUGAUGCGGUACAGACUUCGUUGUCACCCGCAUGUGACCAGUUUGAAUGUCUGUCGGUGUUUGAGGGCAUUACUUAUACUGUGCGCGUGGCAGCCGUCGGUUUGGCUGGUGAUAACUUAAUUGAAACAGCAAAAGUAUUGGCGACUGUUGGUCCACACCCACACAUURUCUCAUACUUYUGCAACUGGAUGGAYCCACGUUAUCAUUACAUGCAAACUGAACURUGCCAGUCAAGCCUGCAGUCAUUGCCCAUGAACAACAUUGUCGACUGCCGGACUGUGUUGGAACACAUUUCGUGCGCACUCCACUAUUUACAUGACGGCAAAAUGUAUGCACACAAUCGCGUCAKCCGCCCGAAUAUCUAUUCAGCCUUGGAUGGUGACCGUGUCCUAUAYAAGCUAGGUGGUUUUGAUGCGGCCACUAAGCUGUUACUGGAUAGUAGCGCCGCCGUAUCUGAUGUCCGAUCUUUGUGUUUGAUGGUGUYGGAGCUGAUUAAGAAUGGUGAUGGAUGGUCUGCAGGCGAGGAGGAUCUGCAACUGUAUCUGUCAAACAUAGAGGAAACUGUAAAUCCAGCCGUCGUGAACGCUCUGGCCGUUUGGCGUUGGUGUUGUAGUGCCCAGCAUCGGCCACCACUACUACAAUCGAGCCAGACCAGCUUGUCAAACAUGGCAUAUCAGAAGUUUGAUACAAGAAACAAGGACAGAAGAMGUACAGCUGAUCAAAYUACGGUGGUGCCAUCAYUCAGAAAAAUCAACGCUCGUCGAGCUYCAAAAAUUGCUACGGCCUCUUUGCCACGCUAGUGAUAAUAAAUUAAUAAAAACAUUUUUAAACAGAAAAAUUAAUAAUUACCAAGGUCGGUGCUAUUUGUUGCAAACUAACCAGUUUUAGUUUUUGUGUUAUGUUUUGUUAAGUUAUUGAAUUAUAAUAUUAACUGUAUGUAGUUACRUUUUGUGUGACAAAAUUUAAAAAAUUUGCGCAAAAAUGACGUUUAACUUUUCUUUGAUGCGCAGACCAAGUAGUUCCUGUUGUUUAUCCAUUACCUUUACUUUUAUUGUUGAAGAAUCUUGUAUAUUGAUUUUUUUUAAUAAGUGUACCUACUAUUGAGUAGUGAUUUUUUUUUACUAUUAUUAUUAUAAGUUUUAUUUUGAGUAUUUUGAACAAAUACUCUAUUAUUUUGUGUAAUUGAAUUUGUCUUAUUGAAUUGUAAACAAACGUUAAUCAACAGGACGUUGAU